AUGUGUACAAAAUGUGGGGAGAGUGAAAUUGUUGGAGUGGCACAGUACCUGUCGAAAAUCUCUGUGUAUGACAAGAAAGACCAAGCUGUCUUUGUUUUCCUCAGUGAUGCUGGUCAGGAGUUGACUGGAAAGAAAGCGGCUGAGCUGGUUGAGAGCUAUUACGAGGCCAAUGAAAGUGUAUGCGCUGAUCACAUUGUUCCGGUGCCUCAAGCUCUGAUUGAUACCGUUGGGCAGACAAGGAAGUUCAUCGUGAAAGUAUCCAAACACAAUUUCACCGGUAAGAUCCAGACUUUCACUGUGACAAAGGUGCUACCUCUUGAAGACCAAGAAGCUCAUGGCAACAUAGAAGAAAACGUACAGCAGGGACCUGUCAAUGAUAAAGAGGAUCCUGCAGAUGAGUCAUUGAAGAGGAGUUCUGAUGGGAUUGCAACAGGAGAGACCAAGCGUGCCAAAAGUGGCUAA